GCCAUUAGCCAUCCUCAGUCUCUCUCAAUCUCCAUUUCUCCCUGAAAUCAAAGGCAAGAAGGGGACUGGAGUUUCCAGCCACCGCCAACCGACCUGGGCCACCGCCAACUAUCUCCGACACUUCUCCUUUCUCCGAUCAACCCGACGCCUCCAUCUCCGGCACCGCGAGCCUCGGCCGACUAUCUGCGACACUUCUCCGUUCUCCGCUCAGGCCAACGCCUCCAUCUCUGGCACCGGGAGCCUUGGUCGACCAUCUUCCUCCUCUCCGUUCUCCGCUCAGCCCGACGCCACCAUCUCCGGCACCACGAGCCUCCGCCGGCCACUGCACCCAUCUGCCAUCUCCAUUCUCCUUGGAUCUGAACCCUCCGUCAUUUGCUCGGGUUUUUCAUCAACCAUUAUUGUCAAAAUGAGAUGCAAUAGACGGUGAAUUCAUAAAGUUCCUCAACUCACCUAUAGUUACAAGCCCCAAGUACGGAGCUAAAGUGCAAUAGCUGGCUGCAUUUGCAGACCUAAGAUAGUUUCGGAGGAGCGAAGUACAUUUAUCGAUUUUGUCGAGGAGUUCAGCAAUUUGUUGAUUCUCGAAGCUUGAGGUCUACAUUAUGUGUUGCUCAAUUGUUCCAACUCUUUUCAUCCAUUUCUUAUAGAGCUCAGAACCUGUCCCUGGAGGAAAAGUGGAGUCUGCAAAAUGGUGGAUGGCAAUGCCUCUGGGGAAGAGAAUGACAACAUUGACUGGGAUACUGAAGAUGAACUGGAAAUUCUGGACUUUCCCUUGUCGUCUUGUUCAAGUUUGACAAAUCCUGGUUCAACUGUGACUAAUCCAGGUGGAAAAGCUACUGUAGAUACUGGAGAGGCAAGCUCAUCAACGGGUCCUUCUCACUCCAAGUUGAUUCAUCAUUUUGUAGCAAUGGGGUUUCCUGAGAAUCUGGUUGAAAAGGCUAUUAAGGAAAAUGGAGAAGGAAAUACAGACUUAAUCCUAGAAACUUUACUUACAUAUUCGGCUAUUGAAAGCUCUUCGGAGCAACAGCAACAGCAAGAGCAAGCUGUCGAUUCGGACCAGUGCUCUUCAGAAUAUGGUGAAAACAUUCUUGAUGAUCUCUCUGAUUCAUAUAGUUGGUCUGAAGAUGAGGAAAAUACAGAUUCCUUGUCUGAUAAGGAUAAAACCUUGUUAUCCCUGGCAAAUAUGGGCUACACAGUUGAAGAGGCCUCUAUAGCUAUGGAUAGAUGUGGUCCACAUGCCUCCAUUGGUGAGCUAACAGAUUUCAUAUGUGCUGCUCAAAUGGCAAAGGCAGCAGAUCCCUAUCUACCUGAUGAUACAAAGCCAAAACCAAAGCUAAUAUUCCACAAAGGUAAGCCCAAGAGGAAACUUUUUGACAGUGAACUGUUGGGAAGGAAAAGACAGAGGGAGAUUGAUGAUGAGGCGAUUCAUCUUCCAAAUCCAAUGAUUGGGUAUGGGGUCCCUACCGAAACGUCUCCAACCCUUCGUAGAAGCCUUCCAGAGGCAGCCAUCGGGCCUCCCUACUUCUAUUACGAGAAUGUGGCACUAGCUCCCAAAGGAGUGUGGGACACUAUUAAGAGAUUCUUAUAUGAUGUUGAGCCAGAGUUCGUCGACUCAAAGUAUUUUUGUGCAUCGGCAAGGAAAAGAGGCUACGUUCACAAUCUCCCGGUUGAGAACAGAUUUCCUCUUGUGCCACUCCCUCCUCGCACCAUUUAUGAAGCAUUUCCCUUAACAAGGAGAUGGUGGCCUUCUUGGGAUACAAGAACAAAGCUGAAUUGCAUACAGACUUGCAUUGCAAGCGCAAAACUGACUGAUAGGAUCCGAAAGGCUCUGGAGGAGUGGGAUGACGAGCCACCCUUGCACGUGCAGAAGUACGUACUUGAUCAGUGUCGAAAGUGGAAUCUAGUAUGGGUAGGAAGGUGCAAGGUUGCGCCUCUGGAGCCUGAUGAAGUGGAAAUGCUGUUGGGGUUCCCAAGGAACCAUACAAGGGGAGGUGGUAUUAGCAGAACCGACAGAUAUAAAUCCCUCGGUAAUUCAUUCCAGGUGGACACCGUGGCCUAUCACUUCUCUGUCUUGAAGGAAAUGUUCCCGGGAGGCAUCAACCUUUUGUCCCUUUUCUCUGGAAUUGGGGGCGCAGAAGUUGCGCUUCAUCGGCUUGGUAUCCCCUUAAAGACUGUUGUGUCGGUUGAGAUCUCUGAAGUCAACAGGAACAUCGUCCGAAGUUGGUGGGAACAAACCAACCAAAAGGGAAAGCUGAUCGACUUUGAGGAUGUUCAGCAGUUGAACGGUGACCGGCUGGAGCAGAUCAUCAACUCAGUUGGCGGCUUCGAUCUUGUCGUCGGUGGAAGCCCCUGCAACAACCUCACCGGGAGCAACCGGUACAGCCGGGACGGCCUUGAGGGCAAAGAUUCUGCUCUAUUCUACGAUUAUUUUCGUAUACUCGACUUGGUCAAAUGUAUUAUGGGGAAAUAACAACAAUAAUUUGAGGUCAAACUCAAAAGGGAAGGGCCGUCCCAUUUUCCCUAACUGUACUUGUUGUAUCUUAUUUCAAUCUAUUGGGCCCUUCUUUGGUACA